AUGGAAGCUCGUAUUAUAUCCAAUCAACCAGAUUGGAAUAUGAAACAUGUUCCAAACGUCAGUAGAGCUACAAAAAAGUUGAAGAAACUACUAGACCCUUACGUUGAUCAUGUUAAACAGUCGUACGAGUUAGACCAAAAUAACAACAUUUAUGUGGAUCCUAUUGUGAAUAAAAGGACUAUAUAUGGGCCUGCCAACUUCUCAGUUCCUGGUAGAUAUGAGAUCAUGCAAGUAUUGGGGAAAGGUUCCUAUGGUACUGUUGUAUCUGCUUUGGACAAAGCAAAUCAUGAACGAGAAGUAAAACUUGCCAUUAAAAAAGUGACAAGUAUAUUUACGAGAGAGAUUCUUCUAAAGAGGGCGAUUAGAGAAUUAAAGUUUAUGAGCUACUUUAAGGGUCACCGUAAUAUUGUUUCAUUGUUGGAUCUUGAAAUUGUGAAUGAAGAACCGUACUCUGGUCUUUAUUGUUAUCAAGAAUUGGUUGAUUACGAUUUAGCAAGAGUCAUUCAUUCCAAUGUACUGUUUUCCGAGUUUCAUAUCAAGCACUUCUUGUAUCAAAUUCUUUGUGGGCUAAAGUACAUCCACAGUGCAGAUGUGAUUCAUAGAGAUUUGAAACCAGGUAACAUUUUGUGUUCGAUAACUGGGGAAGUGAAGAUUUGUGAUUUUGGAUUAGCAAGAGGUAUCUCACCUAGUUUCACUGUUACAGGAGGAAUAUCUAAUCACAUAACUAACUAUGUGGCAACUAGAUGGUAUAGAGCACCCGAAUUGAUUUUGUCUCACAAAAGAUACUCUAAAAGUGUUGAUAUGUGGGCUGUCGGUUGUAUUCUAGCGGAAUUCUACGGUCGUAAGCCAAUAUUUAUGGGGAAUGACUCUCUCCACCAAGUGAUGGAAAUUCAAAAGGUAUUGGGCACACCUUCACAAUCAGUGAUACGCACCUAUGGCUCUUCCAGAUGCUAUGACAUUUUCAGUACAUCAAAACCUCAGUUUAAAAAGACACCUUGGUGUGAAAUUUUCCCAUAUGCCUCGCAGGGUUCUGUGGACUUGAUGGAAAGGCUUAUCGAUUGGUGUCCGGAUUCCAGACUUACUGUCGAGGAGGCAUUGAAUCAUCCAUUCGUACAAGAAGUACGAAACCCUGCUGCAGAACCUAUAUGCCCUUAUGGACCUUUUGACUUCACUUACGAGAAACAACUUUAUUCUAUGGACAGGUUGAGAGAAUGUUUGUGCCAAGAAGUUAGCAAAUUCCACAAUGACCGUCAAACUAAGGAUUUUGUCUCACCACCACUAAUGACACCACAAUUCAUCUCGGAAUCAAGUUCCUAUUGA